AUGCACUGGCUGGUGACGACCGCCCUACUGGUCUGUUCCUCUUCGGCGGAAGAGCUGCUGCUGGGUUACCUCACUGGUUCCCAGCGGGCGCCCGGCGACCAGGAGUACACCAGGCCCGGCCUUACUAUAUCUGGAGCCAUCGCCUUCGCCGCAGACCAGCUAUCCAAGGGGAUACUCAAGCAGAAGGGACAUAGUCUCAAAUUCCAGGUAGCGGAGACGUAUGGCCAAGAAGAAGCCAGCAUACGGCAGACCGCAGCGCUUUGGACUUCCAAUGUCUCCGCUUAUAUCGGCCCGCAGGAGACCUGUAUCCACGAAGCCAGAAUGGCAGCAGCUUUCAACACUCCUAUGAUAUCUUACUUUUGUACGCAUUAUGAAACCAGUGACAAACGCCAGUUUCCAACAUUCGCAAGAACAAGGCCCCCGGAUACUCAGAUUUCCAAAUCAGUAGCAGCUACACUUUUGGCCUUCAAUUGGACUCAGGUCACGUUCUUCUACUUGAAUUCCAGUGAGUCGGAUAUGACUCCUAUUGCUGAGACAAUUUUGACGACCCUGGAUGGCGCAGGAGUGAAGGUCUUGGACGUAGCAACCUGGUCACCAGUUUACCACCACGGCUACAUGGACAACCCCUUCACAGCAAUGGUUGAGCGGACCUACAUGAAUACCAGAAUAUAUCUGAUACUUGGUCAGUACUACGAACACUUAGGACUGCUUGUCGCCCUCGAGGAGAAGAAUUUAUUUGAUAAAGGGGAGUAUUGGGUGGUGGGGGUGGACAUCGACCAGUACGACGAGCAGCAGCCGGACAAAUACCUCCAAGGACUGCUCCAAGAUGAAGCGGACCCAAGGGCCAUCCGGGGCUUCAGGUGCUAUCUCGGGGUCACCCCCAGCCCGUCGAGGGGCUUCCACAACUUCACCAAGCUGGUCAACAGCUACAUGGAAGGACCGCCCUUCAACUACCCUAAUCCUGUCAGGUCCAUUGGAGGGGUCAAAACGAUCAGAGCGGAGGCAGCUUACCUCUACGACGCGGUGCAGCUCUACGUCCAGGCGGUGGUCGAGGCACUGGACAGUGGUGAGGACCACCGCAACGGCACGGCCAUCAUUGCCAGGCUUAAGAGGAGGCACUACCACAGCGCCAUGGGAUACAUGGUGUACAUGGACGAGAACGGAGAUGCGGAGGGUAACUAUACCCUGCUGGUGAGAAGGGCUGGUCCUUCCGGCAAGUACGGUCUGUAUCCGGUCGGAGUCUACACCUAUAGGUCCGGACAGUCCAAUCCACUUCCGGAACUCCACUUGACUUCGGACAUCGAGUGGGUGAACGGAGAAGUGCCGAUCGCAGAGCCACCUUGCGGGUUUACCGGAGACAAGUGCAUUAGUCACACCAUGGAGAUCGCAGGAGGUGUAGCUGGGGCCAGUUUGGCACUCCUCAUCGUCGUGUCCUUGGUCAUCUACAGGAACCUCAAGUACGAGCAAGAGCUGGAUAGCCUUCUCUGGAAGAUAGAUUUCAAGGACAUCCUCAUCUCCGAAGGAACUGACGACAAGGAUAAAACUAAGGUAACCCAUCCGCUAAUGAGGACAAGUCAGGUGUCUCUCAGCUCGAACCCAGAUUGCGACUUCAGGUAUUCAUCCUUGUUCACGACGGUUGGGAUAUACAAAGGGAGGGUCUUAGCGGUGAAAAAGGUUGACAAGAAAUCUGUUGAUAUCACCCGGAACAUGAAGAAGGAACUGAAAAUAAUGAGAGAUUUGCGGCAUGAUAAUCUCAUCCCUUUUAUUGGAGCGUGCACCGACCCUCCGAACAUUUGCAUCGUAACCGAAUACUGCAAUAGGGGGUCCCUCAAGGACAUACUAGAAAAUGAAGACGUGAAGUUGGAUAACAUGUUCAGAGCCUCAUUGGUAGGAGAUAUACUCCAGGGGUUAAUAUUUCUUCACGAGUCACCGCUCAAAGUUCACGGGAACCUCAAGUCAACCAACUGCUUGGUCGACUCCAGGUGGGUCGUCAAACUGUGCGACUUCGGCCUCUUGGACUUCAAGAGCGGAUCGGACUUCUCCAGCAUGUGGAGUCUCAAACACUUCUGCAACGAGCUGGACUCAUGCUUCUGUUCAGGACUGCUGUACAGGGCACCGGAACUCCUGCGGAACACGCUGUCGUGCAACUGCAUCGGUAGCCAAAAGGGAGACAGCUACAGCUUCGGGAUCAUCCUCUUCGAGAUCCACACCAGGAGGGGGCCCUUCGGCGACACCUCGGGCCUCAGCCCCAGGCAGAUCCUCCACAGGGUCAUCUAUCCUUCCUCACAGCCCUUCAGGCCUCCCCUAGAGCUGCUAGAGAGCUGCUUGGAGUGCGUGAGGGAGUGCGUGCAGGAGUGCUGGCAGGAAGUACCGGAGGACAGGCCCGACAUCAAGGCAGUCAGGAGCAAGCUCAGGCCCAUGAGGAAGGGAAUGAAACCGAACAUAUUCGACAAUAUGAUAGCCAUGAUGGAGAAAUAUGCUAACAACUUGGAGGCCCUUGUCGAUGAGAGGACAGAUCAGCUGGUCGAAGAGAAAAAAAAGACUGAUGCCCUGCUGUACGAAAUGCUGCCAAGGUGCGUAGCAGAGCAGCUAAAGAGGGGCCACAAAGUGGAAGCGGAGAGCUUUGACUGCGUCACCAUCUACUUCAGCGAUAUCGUCGGCUUCACGGCGAUGUCGGCCGAGAGCACUCCAUUCCAGGUGGUAGACUUCCUGAACGACCUAUACACUUGCUUUGAUUCCAUCAUAGAAGCUUACGAUGUGUACAAAGUGGAGACCAUAGGUGAUGCUUACAUGGUUGUAUCUGGGCUUCCUGUAAGAAACUGUGACCAGCAUGCUGCAGAGAUUGCAACAAUGUCCCUCGACCUUUUGAAUGCAGUGGAUAGGUUCAAAAUUAGGCACAGGCCAAACGAAAAACUGAAGCUGCGAAUUGGACUUCAUUCUGGAACCGUAUGCGCUGGAGUAGUAGGCCUCAAAAUGCCGAGGUAUUGUCUUUUUGGAGAUACUGUAAAUACAGCUUCAAGGAUGGAAUCAAAUGGACUGGCCCAGAAGAUCCAUUGUAGCGAAGAGACAAAGCAACUAUUAGAUAGACUGGGUGGUUACCAUUUUGAAGAGCGGGGAAUGAUCAGAAUGAAAGGCAAAGGAGAGGUGAAGACUUAUUUUCUGACUGGUGAAGAUCCAGUCUGGCGGGAAAGGAGGAGGCAUGGUUUACAAAGAGGAAUCAGAAGUUCACUAAAGAACAAAAUCCCAAGGGCAGCGAGUUUUGAAUCUCCAAAGCGGUUACGGUUCGCUGCAAAUCACGUUGAUAGCAAAAGACUGGAAGUAAUUACUGAUAGCCCUGUAAAGAAGUCCUCCUUAGAAGUUAAUCGCUGUGAACACUUGAGUGUGUCCUGCCCUUGCAUUGAAGAAGAAAUCCGACCAACAGGACUUACCAGUGUUGAUGCCACCAGCGAUUCUGCUCUUUUGCUCCACGAACCAGACACCCCACUACUUACUGUUACCAAAGUAUCUUAA